CUCACACACACACACAGACACUCACACACUCACGCUCGCCAUCAGCAGCGCAUGUAGAAGCGCGUCCCCGGCUCGGACUGUACCCGGUACCAGCAGCACCAGCAGCACCAGCAGCACCAUGGACCUCUUUGAGUUGGACUUUUUCCGGGACUGGGAGCUGGAGCAGCCCUGUCAUCUUGAGUCGGAGCGCAGCGCCCUGAAGAGGAGGGAGUGGGAGAGGAGGAACCAGGAGGUGCAGCAGGAUGAGGACCUGUUCUCCACCGGAUUCAAUCUGUUCGGAGAACCCUAUAAAACUAAUAAAGGUGAUGCAUUGGCCAACCGUGUGCAGAACACGUUGGGCUCCUACGAGGAAAUGAAAGACCUGUUGACCAGCCACUCCAACCAGAGCCACUUGGUGGGGAUCCCAAAGGGCAGCACUGCAAACAACCUCCAGCAAACCCCGAGCUUUCCAGCCGCAGAGAGACCUGCCAUGGAGUCCCAGUUUUUCAACGAGGCUUUGAGAGGAGGAGGAGAAGAGGGAGCUGGGGAGAAGAGAAUGGGAAGCGCACCUUCUUCCUCCUCGGCCUCCAUGCAACCACCGGCCGUGACCACAUCAACAUCCACCGCAGCAACUAUUCCACAUCAGAACUCCAAAAAGUCAAGAAGCUCCAUGGACUGGUCCAGGGGGGGCCACGGGCAGACGGCCCCGGCAACGGGCCUUGUUCUGGGCCUAGGGCAGGGUGGGCAGGGGCAGGUCACGGCUGGAGCUUCCGGCAGCAGGAGUAAAAUGUCUUUGUUAGAGGAACAGCAGCUCCAAAGGCACGAGGAGCUGUUUAGCUCGCUUAAAGAUGAACUGGGGCUGAAAGAAGAUUCAAGUCCCUCUUGCUCCUCCUCUUCCUCCUCUUCUUCUAGAAAACACUCAUCCCACUCAACCAGAACCCAUCCUGUUGCAGAUGGUGGCACUUUUCGAUCGUCCACAAUGGAUAGCUGCCACUUCAAGUCUUCCACUAACACAGAAAACGGUGGACCUUUUAAAUCAUCCCCAUUUGAAAAUGAAACAGGUUCUCUACUCUCCUCGUCCUCCUCCCCACUGGCUUCCACGUCUGUUCUGACCACUCCCACUCCUGGUCUAACCACUCCCACAUCGGGUCUGACCACGCCCACAUUCCCACCUGGUAGCCUAUCAGGAAAACCAGUAGCGGUGCAGCAGAAGCCCACGGCGUAUGUACGACCAAUGGAUGGCCAGGACCAGGCGCCCAGCGAUUCUCCCCAACUUAAACCGCCCCUAGUGGCCACGGAGGGGUUGAACAGCAGCCAGCCCUUCAGUGGAACCUCCGGAAAUGUGAAGAAUAAACUGCCAAAGCUGAGUCUCAGCCAUGCAGGAGAGGUCAGCCUCCCAAACGACUCCAGCUGUGUUGAAGAGAUUCUGCGGGAGAUGACCCACUCCUGGCCUCCUCCACUCACAGCCAUACACACCCCUGGAAAAGCCGAGCAGACCAAGUUCCCCAUCCCAAAUAAGGAGGCGCAGCAUGUGACCUCGUGCUACAACAACACCCAGAAGAGAUGUACUGUAUCAGCUAACAAGCCCACUGCUAAACCAACUGCACCACAAAAGUCGAUGCUGGAGGACGACCUGAAGAUUAGCAGCGACGAGGAAGAAGCUGAACAACAGGUGUCCGACAAGACCAAAGCCAGAGUCCCGGCCCAGAGCGGCGCGUCGGGGAGCAGCAGUGAAUCAGAGAGCAGCUCCGAGUCUGACACGGACGAGUCCGAGAGCAGCUCCAGCGACAGCGAGUACAACCAGGCCUCCCGCACAAACACGCCAGAGCCCGAGCCCCCUUCGACAAACAAAUGGCAGUUGGACAGCUGGUUGAAUAAGGUCCAAGCUCAAACCAAACCCCUGGCCCCCCCCACAGCACACCAUGGCACAGGCUCCAUCAGCCAGGACGCGCAGACUUUCUCUCCUGGGAACGACACGUCAGGACUGGCCACAGCUGCCAAGACCAAAUCCUGCGUAUCCAACAACAUGCCUGUUCCCGCUGCACCCGUGGUGGAGCACAAGGAUGCUCGGGUUAACUUCUGCCCAGGCAGAGAGAAAGCCAAAGCCAAGCUGAGCCAGAAGGCCUCGGGGGAGAGCCAGAGAUCCAAGAUGAGGCUGUCGCCCAGCCUGUUGUCAGGGCAGGAGGUCACAGCCCCGAGGAGGAUCACCACCGGGAAGAAGCAGCCCCGGCGAGCAGAGAGGUCAAGCAGCGUGGAGGAUAAUCAGAACCAGACGUGGAGCAGAGCAAACCAGCACAGCCCUGCAGCUAGAGAGAAGGACCUGUUGCCCCCCCCUUCCCUGGAGCAUCCCAACCCCCCAAGGCCGCGCAGCAAAGCUCUCAGCAUGAAGACGGCCCCGAGGAAAGAGCCUCGCAGUGCUACAGCCUCCAACAGUAACGCAGCCACUCCACCAGCAGCCCUGCAGCCCAGCCCUGCACCCGUCCCUGCUGCCCCUGUUAACCAGGAUAAGAAGAAACACAGAGGCCCCAACACCAAAAUCACACCAAAGUCCAGGGAAUUCAUCGAAACAGAUUCCUCCUCCUCAUCGUCAGAAUGCCACUCGGAUGCCGAGGAAGCCGUCAAAGUCCCGUCUCUGGCGGCUCAGACCGCGCGGCCCGCCGUCAACACGCAGGCGGUGUCCAGCACGCACAUGCACAUGUCUCUGCCCUCGUGCCCGGGCUCCGUGGGCAGCGUGGGCAGCCUGGAAACCUUCGGAGGGGCAGGGCUCCAGCUCAAAGACGGUAGCAGCGUGACCACCAACGGUAGCAGCAGUCACGGUAGCAGCAGCAGCGGCAGCAACGGCAGCACCAGCAUCAGCAACAUAAGCAGUUUUGCUAAUUCUGUCCCUGAUCCUGGAGGGUCAGGGGGCCAGAUCAAGGACAUGGAGUCCAUGUCCCCACCCUCCAACGUGGGAGUCCCUCUCUCCCCCUUGAGGGAUUACCAUGAAGUCCAGAGUUUAUGGGUGAAAAUUGACCUAAAUUUGCUCAGCAGGAUACCUGGCCAGGAUGUGGGGGAGCGAUCUAGGCCAGGAAUAACGGAGAGGGAUGAGAGCGAAGGGAGAGAAAGAGAAAGAGGUGCGGCGGAGAGAGAAAGACAGAAACUGAUGAAAGGGGAGAGACAAGAAGAGGAAACUGAGCGAUUAGUGCAGCACAGAGAGAGGCAAGGUGACAAAGACAGAUUAGCAGAAAAGGAGAGGCAAAUGGAGAGAGAGGACAGGGAGAAAUUUGGAUUUGGGGAACGGGAGAGAGCGGCGGCGAGGGAUCGAGAGAAGAUUUGCCAGAGUCUCGGGGUUCUGGACAACUCCCCGGUGCAGGAGCAGAGUAAUCCCCGGCUGACUGGAAGAGCAGACCGAGCAGAGGCCGGAAGUAAAAGCAGGAGGCCGGCGGCUGCUAACAUUGUCGUUCCCAUGGAAAAACACACCAGCAAGAGCAAGAGGAAACACAAGUUGGAUCACAGAGAAUCAUCAGUGAAAUGUAAUAAAAAGCUACGUUUGGACAAAGACUGUUUGCUCCUGCCGCCGUGCAUCUCUCCAAUACACAACCACAAAAACAGCUCCAUAGACUCUCUCAACAGAAAGCAGGCUCGGCGUCACGAGGAGAAGCUGCUUCCACCUCUGUUGUCCCCCCUCUCCGACGAGCCCCCCCGUAAAGCCUCCUGCGACGCCGGUUCCUCCCUGGGCCAGGAGGGCGGUGCUGCCGCCAGGCUGCCGUGCUGCACAUCCUCCACGUCCGCCCCGUCCUCCUCCCACAGACACCGGAGAGGCGAAGGGAAAGCUUCGUCUCACGCGAGGAAUGGCAAUGAGAUGGAUUCCCACGCCGAUAAACCCUGUGGAGAAGGUUACCAUGCCAACAAUCAUUCAGACUCGGAGGUGUGGUCGGAGCACCUGAUGGAUCCUGCUGAACCCCGCAGGACACGGCUGACCUUCAGUGACACGGUCCACAGUGCAGACUUCUACAUGCAGGAAGCCAAGAGGCUGAAGCACAAGGCCGACGCUUUGAUGGACAAAUUCGGCAAAGCGGUGAACUACGCAGAUGGUGCCCUUUCUUUCAUAGAAUGUGGGAACGCCAUGGAACGAGACCCGUUGGAGGCCAAAUCCCCGUACACCAUGUACUCGGAGACCGUGGAGCUAAUCAGGUACGCCAUGAGGUUGAAGAACUUCACCAGCCAUUCAGCCAGCAUCUUUGAGAAGAGACUCGCUGUGUUGUGUAACCGCUGUCUGUCUCUGCUGUAUCUGAGGAUGUUCCGUCUAAAGAAAGACCAUGCUGUCAAGUACUCACGGUCACUCAUGGAGUACUUCAAGAAUUCGGCCAAAAGUUCCCACCAAGCACCCUCUCCCUGGAGAAUCAAUGGAAAGGUCAAUGGGACUCCUUCACCCCUCUCACUCAGUCCUUCUCCAGCCAGCAGCGGGGGAGCAGGGGGGGGCGGCGCUGCGCCGGGGUCAUCAGGCAGCGUUGCAAUUCCCCAGCGGAUUCACCACAUGGCUGCCAGUCAUGUUAACAUCACCAACAACAUCCUGCGGAGCUACGAGCACUGGGAGACGGCUGACAGACUGGCCAGCGACAGCCAGGCUUUCUUCCAGGAGCUGGACUCGGCCAUGGAGCCGCUGAGUCAGCAGAGCAGCAUGACGGGGCUGGUGCGCUACAUCAGGCAGGGACUGCACUGGCUCCGGGCGGACGCUCACCUCUUAUAAAGACUGGACCGGGGUCCGAGGAAAGACAGAGAAAAAAGGGGGAAAUAACACUGUUGGGCCACGCGACGCUACGUUACAUGGGCUGAGGUGAGGAAGGACGGCAGGCCCGGAUCGAUGCCUCUCUUCAAACAUCACGGACGGUAAUGCGUCGGCAUCGUCCGGGUCUGUUCAUUGGUCUGAAAGUUGCCAAAUGAGAAGGAAAAGUAACAUCACAGAAUACAAGUGAUAACGUUGAACGCGUGAUUGAUGCUGCUUCUCAGAGUGACGUGAGCCGGGAAAGGAAAGUGGGUAAAUAACCUAAAGGAGGCUCAUCUCCUGCAGCAGAGGAGCAGGAGUG